UAAAAAAUAAGAAAUCCACCGAGUUACUUAACUGUAUAAAAUGUGAUAAGAAAAUUUUUGCAAAUCCCAAUAAAGCUUUCACAAUCCUCUUAUGUGGACAUGUCUUCCACAAGGAGUUUAUCAAGCUUGAUUCUCAAUUCAGCACUUCGUCAACAGUUGGAAAGAUGAAAAAACAACUUACUAUUCAAUCUCAGGAAAUUAUUAAUGGGGAAAUACCGAAUAUAGAUAAUAGGGAGAAUAAAAAUAAAGUUAAUUCGAAGAAAAUAAAUACCGAUAUAAUAGAGGUGGGCCAAAAAAAACCUAUUGAAGUUACUAAUGAAGAAACAUCCAUGAUACUAAAUAAAUCACCUAGUAAGAAAACUAAAAUCAAGAAAGACGAAUCAUCUAUACUAAAAAAACUUAUUAAAAAUUUAACUACUGAUGUACCUACCAGAGUCAGUAAAAAUUUGAAAACAACUAAUAAGGAAUUGAAACUCACUAAUAGAAAAAUAAAAGCCACCGCUAUGGUUAGAGUCGAGAUCAUAAAAGAAAUUCCAGAAUCGAAACUUAAUAAUAAAGCUUUGUGA